AGCUUAGAAGACGCGAGCUACCCCUGAUGAGAGCGAACCAAUGGUCACCCACAUGAAGCCACCUGUUUGCCGCAUGUACAACGUUACCCUAAGACUGCUGAUCUUUGCAGUGCUCUUCCUCAAUUCGUUCAUUGAUCUUGCCACUAUCGAUGGUCACGUCCUUCCACGUCCUCUCGCAAGCACCACUAGCAGCACCCCGGUACGUAACUUUUCCACUGCAGGCAGUGACAAUAUUGCUACGAACAUCAGUGCUACUACGCCCUUCGACGACGCCACCAUCACCACCACCAGCUCGACCGUUGCAGUGCGCAGACAGUCCCACGAGCAACCCAACGAGCCGUCCGACAAUCAGCAUACCGGUGGUGACCUCCACAGUGAUAUGCUUAACAGCACAACCGGCAGAGUUUUGGUGGUUGCACCUGAAAACUUUUCCAUCGACCAGCUACGCCAAGGAUUCAACAACUUUGUCAAACUGCUGCAAACCAACCGGCCAACGGCGGUGAGCGACAACGACAAUCUGACGCUUCCGCUCUUCGACAAGUUGAUUCAGUUUCGUUCCUGGCGCGACAUGGUUACGUUCGAGCACUGGCUGGACGAUCCCACUUUUACGACCGUGCUUUAUAUGUCGGACGAAGGUGACAGCUUCAUCGGAUACUGUGACAGCCUUUCGACACACCUGUCAACCGUCUACCGGAAGAGUGUGCUCUUCUGGCCGUGCCCAAGGAUGAAGGCGACGGAAAAGUUCAUUCCCUCUUACGAAACAGUUUCGUUCGCUGUGAAAAGCAUCGCGCAGCAGCUUAAUUGGACCGAGGCGAUCCUGCUAGCGACAGAUGCCAACCGUGCGCUAUCGCUUGCGCUGGCCAGCAAUCUACACAUACCGUACACGAUAGCGAUGGAUCCUUCCAGCAUUCCUGCCGCCUUCAACGAUAGCAAUGGAAAAGUGGUAAUCAUCUGUUCGUCGAUCAACUCACCACAAACAAUCAGCGUAAUCAAUCAACUUAAGCAGUACAGCAAAGCGAAAAUCCUGCUCGUCGACAUGGUGGGAACAAUUUUCAACAGUAACAACGUGCUGUACCGCCGCCUCGCCGAAGCGGACGAACCGUUCGGCGAAACGUUACGCCACCGGCGCAACCUGCUCGUGCUGACGAUACUUACCGAAAAUUUUCGUUCCUUCCUGCACCGGCUGCACGGUGUCGAUCUGGGCGACUAUAAGCAUAUCAGCGAGAAUUUGCUGAAAAUACGUUUGUCGGACGAAAUCCCCAUUCAUGCGCCAUCGGUCGACGGCGAUGAUAAGGCGGCGACCGAUGACAUCAAACCAACGAAGAGCUACGGGGAAGUUACCAACCAUUACCCGGCGUAUGACGACGAGUCCACGGUUCAACUGCCACAUCCACCGGAGCUGCUGCUGGAGCUCCUAAGCCUAGCAGCGAACGGUACGAAUGCAUCGCAGAGCUGUGACUUCCACUACUUUCUCAACCACGUCGCCAACUGGUACGAAAUUCUCUCGCAAACGUUCGAUUCAGCUCGCUGUCAAACACUGUUUGGCAGCUAUUGUGAAACAGACGUGCGUCCCGGUGGCAGGGCCAGCCAUCUCUAUCCAUCAUCAUCAUCAUCAUCAUCGAUGGAUAAUAUUAAGGAGGAUGCGAGCACUCCUGGCGGGGCCACGAAUCAAUCGUUCGACGCAACCCUUGACGAAAUUGAGCGAUUCUGUGACCUCUUUCUCGCUAGCUACGAUAAGCUACUGACCGACGGACUUCUGGCCGUCCCGAACGCAACCCAAACUGAGCUGGACGCUUUCACCACGACUGAUCACCUGCUAAUGUUUGGCGAGCACUUUUACUUCUUCGAUUUUCUGCUCGCCGUAUGGGAGGACAGCCUGAAGCAGCACACGCAACAGCACCGCAAGUUUCAGUUCGAUUUUGUGGCGUUCGACUUUAAGAACGUUUCACACCAUCGAGCGGCCGUUGUUUGGCGUCCAUUUCUGAUACUGCAGCAGAGCCAACUGCAUCGGCAUCAGUUUAGCAUGCACCCAGUGCCACCGGGGUACGCCGAUUGGGUCGUCGAGGCGACGCUUGAAACGAUCUGGAUCUGUGGAAUGCUGUGCUGGGCCAUUGUCGGACUGGUGGGACUCAUCUCCGUUGCUAUGAUCGUGGGAAGCAUCGUGUUCAGCAUUGCUGUGCGCAACUACAUCAUCAAGACGCGCCUCUCCAAGGGUCCGAACAAAAUCGUUCUCUCGCCGUCGGAUUUUGUGUUUCCAGUUGACAUGCGAAGGGUUGACGAGGGUAUCGAGGCGAUGCUGUGCUGUUGGCUCCAGCAGCUGCAGGAAUUCGGUGGCCCUGAGGUGGAAAAGCCCGAUCUGCUGAAGGGAUCGAUUGGAUCGCUCAAAAACCUGGGACUGCCGGCGCCCACCAAACCGAGCUCGGGCAGCGAAACGUUAAUACGCCACCAGACCGCUGCAAUCGAUCAUAAGGCACGUUAUAAUGGUGAUUUAGUGCAGUUGAAGGAAAUCCCAUCGAGCUCCACGUCCCAUGAACUGAAAACGAAGGCAAUGGACCUGCUCGUGAUGGCGCACAGUUUACGACACGAAAACAUAAAUCCUCUAAUCGGCUGGCUUAAUGAACCAACCCGAACGGCACUGGUGUUCGAGCACUGUUCGCGCGGCUCCCUGCAGGAUGUGCUCAUAAUGGACGAGAUAAAGCUAGACUGGUCGUUCCGGUUAAGCUUGCUGACGGAUUUGGUCCGUGGGAUGCGCUACCUGCACGCGUCGCCGUUACGCGUCCACGGCUCCCUUUCCUCGCGCAACUGUGUCGUAGAUGCCCGGUGGGUGCUGAAGAUUACCGACUACGGGAUGUUAAGUUUCUACGAAGCUCAGGGUAUUGCACCGACCCCGCGAAGCGCAAAGGAGCUGCUCUGGACCGCACCGGAAGCGUUGCGCGAUUGCAAGACUUACCCGAAGGCGGGCACACAGCCGGCAGACGUGUACGCGUUCGGUAUCAUCAUGCAGGAGGUAGUGGUGCGCGGUGAACCGUACUGCAUGCUAUCCCUAUCACCCGAAGAAAUCAUAGCAAAAAUCAAGAAACCACCCCCACUGAUACGGCCGUCGGUGUCAAAGGGUGCAGCACCGCCGGAAGCAAUCAACAUUAUGCGCCAGUGCUGGGCCGAGAAUCCUGAAAUGAGACCUGAUUUUGCAGCUAUCUGUGAGCGUUUCAAGCAAUUAAACCACGGACGGAAGGUUAACUUUGUAGAUACGAUGUUUCAAAUGUUGGAAAAGUACUCCAACAACCUCGAGGAGCUGAUACGUGAACGCACGGAGCAGCUAGACAUUGAGCGGAAAAAGACUGAACAAUUGCUGAAUAGAAUGUUGCCAAGUUCCGUUGCGGAAAAGCUUAAGCUUGGGCUGGCCGUCGAGCCGGAAGAAUUCGCUGAGGUAACGAUCUAUUUCAGCGAUAUUGUGGGCUUCACAACGAUUGCAGCCCACUGUACGCCGGUGCAGGUGGUCGAUUUGCUGAACGACCUGUACACGUGCUUCGAUGCCACCAUCAACGCGUACAACGUGUACAAGGUGGAAACGAUCGGGGACGCGUACAUGGUAGUCAGUGGUCUUCCCGUCCGUACGCCUGACCACGCCGAACAGAUCGCUACGAUGGCGUUGGAUCUCCUGUCGCAGAGUGGUCAUUUCAAGGUUCGUCAUCUGCCGGGCGUUCCACUGCAGCUACGGAUCGGGCUGCACACUGGUCCCUGCUGUGCCGGUGUCGUUGGUCUAACGAUGCCCCGAUACUGUCUCUUCGGUGACACGGUCAACACGGCAUCCCGGAUGGAAUCAACAGGAUCAUCCUGGAGAAUUCAUAUGUCCCAGCAGACGUGCAAUUUGCUCGAGAAAGCCGGCGGAUACGUAAUCGAGCCCCGGGGGCCUAUCGAAAUCAAGGGCAAAGGUAAAAUGCACACGUACUGGUUGCUGGGCAAGAAAGGAUUCGACAAGGCGCUACCACCACCUCCACCGAUUGGGGAAUCGCACGGACUCGACGUGGCGAUCCUGAAGCACUCGCUCUUCCAGUCGCAGCAGAACCACACCAAAAUCAAUAACGCCUCCAUCCAGAGCAACACCUGCUCGACGGCGAACCACUCGUCCAGCCAUUCGCCCUCGGUUACGGGCGAAUCGAUCGAUGUGAAGGUCGAAAUAACGCCGCCCGUUCCACCCGGUCCGGAUCAAUCGCAGCAGCCGGGCCACCACGAGACUGCCGUCCUCUCGACAUCGUUCUCCAUCGAUUCGAGCUCGAGCAAUAACACGUUCACGCUGAACCUCGGCGACUUUGUACAGCCGAAAGCAACGCCCCUACCGAGCCCCCAGGCACGCAAACUGUCCGAGGUCAUUGCAGACGGUUCGUUCCUCAAUGCGAACGCGAACUUUGACCGGCUCAAUCCAUCGCCAACGUCCACCGCCAGCUCAACGCGGCUGUUUAAGCGCAUCGAGGAACUGAUCGACCUUAGCUCACCCUACAACUACUACAAGUGUUUGAGUCCGAGCGAGAACAAUCUGUCCCAGUGUACCGAGUCGCGGUACGGUAGCUACCAGUUGCGCUCGGACAGCUGCUCCAGCAAGCCGGGAUCGACGAGAUUUUUGCGACGCCAGUUCAGUCUCGACAAGGAUGACGUUGGACCAUCGUCGGGCGGUACGAGUGGAGCGACGAUAAGCCAGAAAGCGACGCUCGAUACCAUAUCCUCCAUAUCAGUCGAUCGUGAGCAGCUGGCCCGUAUGGGUACGCUCACGUCCAUUCCUUCGAUAAGUUCCACGAACUCUGCUUCGCUUCCGGGCGGUGGUCAGAAGCAGCGUGGUUUGGCCAUGCACCGGCAACAGUCGGCCAGCGUUGCUCAGGACCUGGAAAAGAUCGAAGAGAUCCCACUGUCGCCGCAAUCCUUCAUCAUUAAUCAUACCGGGAGUAGCAGUACCUCUAGUCUGCAGUCAGAAAUCAACGAACGUGGCCGAGCAUUUCGAAACGGUGGCGGGCCUACCGAUCGGGCCCACAACGGGAAGGAACUGCGGCUCAGCGUGGAGGCGCUUGGUCUUCGGUGAGUACACCAGGUCAGCUCGGUUUCGUUGCUG